AAAACAACCCAGAAAGAGAAAAGAAAAACCCUUUCGAAAGUAUUCGAGAGGUUUAGUUAAUCCCCUUCCCAAAGGGAUUAUUCUUAUUGUUAUUAUUACGAUGAUGAUUUUACGGUCGCUUUCACGGCCGCUCGAACGUUGCCUCGGCAUGAGGGCCGGCAGUGAUUCUCUCAUGUGGCACACUGACCUUAAACCCCACGCCUCCGGUGAUUUCUCCAUCGCCGUCGUGCAAGCCAACAACCACCUUGAAGAUCAAAGCCAAGUCUUUACCUCUCCUUUCGCUACCUACGUCGGUGUCUAUGAUGGUCAUGGAGGACCCGAAGCUUCCCGAUUUGUCAACAAGCACCUCUUCCCGUUUCUCCACAAAUUUGCUACAGAACAAGGGGAAUUAUCUGCAGAUGUGAUAAAGAGGGCAUUCAAUGCCACUGAAGAAGAGUUUUUGCAUUUGGUGAAGCGGUCAUUUUCUUUGAGGCCUCAAAUUGCUUCAGUUGGAUCAUGCUGUUUAGUUGGUGCAAUUUCAAACGAUGUGUUAUACGUGGCAAAUCUUGGUGACUCAAGAGCCGUUCUUGGCAGGAGAGUUUCAGAGGAGAAAGGAAACAAGGUAGUGGCAGAGAGGCUGUCAACAGAUCAUAAUGUCGGAGUUGAGGAAGUCCGGAAGGAAGUCGAGGAGCUUCAUCCAGAUGAUUCUCAUAUAGUGGUGUAUACCCGCGGAGUUUGGAGGAUUAAGGGCAUAAUCCAGGUGUCAAGAUCUAUUGGUGAUGUUUACCUGAAGAAACCAGAGUUUUAUAGAGAUCCGAUCUUUCAGCGGUUCGGAAACCCCAUUCCGAUUAAAAGGCCGGUUAUUACAGCAGAACCCUCAAUCCUUAUUAGAAAACUUAAGCCGCAGGAUCAGUUCCUGAUCUUUGCAUCAGAUGGCCUAUGGGAGCAGUUGAGUGAUGAAGCUGCCGUAAACAUCGUUUUCAAAAACCCGAGAGCCGGUAUUGCUAAGAGAUUGGUAAGAGCUGCACUCCAAGAAGUUGCAAAGAAAAGGGAGAUGAGAUACGGUGACAUCAAGAAAAUCGAAAAGGGUAUAAGGCGUCACUUUCACGACGAUAUCACAGUGGUCGUAAUUUAUCUCGACAAACACCGAGGGUCUCGCAAUAAUAGAAUGAAGCAGAAUGCGACGGGUUGCACAACGGCACCUGUUGACAUCUAUUCCUUCAAUGGGGAUGAAGGGUACGAGGAUCUGCUUCAAACAAUUACCUGAAACACAAUACAAUGACUGUUCCAAGUAAGCUUAAUUUUAUGUAUAGAAAACACCAAAUCAUAGAGUUGGGGUUUUGGACAAAAUCUGGAGUUUUUGAAGGUGAAAUUAUGACAAUGAAUAGAUUGAUUUAUCUUUGAUCUGUUUAUUCUUGUCUUUUCGCCUCUUCUAUCAAAUGUCAAUGAAUCCCAGAAAAAUGAAAGGCAAACAUUUUUGUAUUGUUUAAUCCUAUGUUCAUAGUUUAUAUGCAAUAA